AUGGAUGAGCAUCAAAGAAUCAUUCACGAGGUUGAGGAAAAAAAUGUGAAGCUCAAGCCACACUGGAAAGCAAAUACACUCGAUUCACAGCUGAACGUUUCGAUCACUCCGAAAGCCUUUAGGUUACGUAGCUUUGUGAAAGUUGUUAAUAUCCCAACAACUGACAGUGGUGCUGAUCACUUACUCUUAUCGUUCUACCUCAAGCAUAUGAAGCCAAAAUACGAGAUGUGGAGUGCGAGCAAUAUUAUGGGUGUGAAGGUCACCAGUCCAAUCGAAACUGAUAGCUUCCUAAAUGUGAAGUUUAAGGUUGUGAGAGGUUCGUCCAGUCAGAUUGAUGUUGAAAUUGUUGCAAUGCUGCGAAGGAAGCUAAGUGUACUCCCCAAAGAUAACCCUGGUGGUUUUGAUAAGAUGAAACUUAGGAAGAUACAAAAGAAUGGAUGGUGUGUGGAUUUUCAAUUGAAGGAGAAAAUUGAUGCAUACUUUCACAAAGUUUGUUUCUUUCUCGACGACAAACAUUUAUUGACCACUUCGUGUCAAGAAUAUAUCUUGGACUUCAUCAACAAGUAG